AAAAUAGUCAACAUGACCAAAUAAUAUUCUCUCUCUCUCUCUUCACUGGCACCUCCAUCUUCCCUAUAUAUAGCGCUAAACACCUCCAUUGCCCAAUCAUCAAAGCUUCUCCCUUACCUGUCAAUACUUAUUACAUAAUACCAAAAUAAAAGCAAGACAGCAACAAUCGACCAAAAACGUCUCAUUCGGAGAUACGCAUUUUCCCCUGUCCUCGAAGAGAGGAAAAGAAAAAUUUCCCGCAAUUUCCACCAUAUUUCCAUAGAUCCUUGCUGCAAUUGCUGAUCCAUAGAUAUACCUUCAUAUAUAUACGCAUCCAAGUUUUCCUUUUGCAUUUGCGUGUGUUGAUAAUGAACAUUUGAUGGAACAAAAGCACGUUUUGCUGUCGGCAUUGAGCGUGGGGGUCGGGGUAGGUGUGGGUCUCGGUUUGGUUUCCGGGUCAACGCUCGUCCGAUGGGCUGGCGGCUCCGCCUCGAGAGGCAUCUCCGCCGAGGAGAUUGAGGCGGAGCUCGUAAGGUUGGUUGCUGAUGGCAACAAUAACAAGGUUACGUUUGAGGAUUUCCCGUACUAUCUCAGUGAACGGACACGCGUGUUAUUGACAAGUGCAGCAUAUGUCCAUCUAAAACACUUAGAUGUCUCUAAGCACACCCGGAAUCUUUCACCAGCUAGUCGGGCUAUAUUACUCUCUGGGCCCACAGAAUUAUACCAGCAAAUGCUUGCUAGGGCUCUAGCACAUCAUUUUGAAGCAAAGUUGCUACUCUUGGAUUUAGCUGACUUUUCACUUAAGAUGCAGAGCAAGUAUGGUGGCAGUGGCACAAAGAAAGAUUCUUCUCUCCAGAGGUCGAUAUCAGAAGUGACGUUAGAACGGAUGUCCAGUUUUUUCGAUUCAUUCUCUGUUCUUCCAUCAAGAGAGGAUAAGAAAUUGCGGAGGCAAAGCUGUGAGUUCGAUACUGCAGUAAGGAAUGCUGAAGGAGGCACCAAUUCCUCAAAGCCUAGGAGGACUUCAUCUAUCUCUUCAGAUAUGAGUAGCAUGAGUGCCCAAUCGUCCUCUACCAAUGCAGCUACUUCCAAGCGCAUCAACAGCUGGUCUUUCAAUGAGAAAAUCUUCGUGCAGUCACUUUAUAAGGUGUUGGUUUCUGUUUCCCAAAGCAGUUGCAUCAUCCUCUACAUCCGAGACGUGGACCGUAUUUUUCUCCAAUCCCUUAGGCUCCACAAACUUUUUGAAAAGAUGCUCAAUAAACUAUCAGGAUCUAUUCUUGUCCUAGGGUCCCGCAUGCUGGACUCCGCUGAGGAUGCUGUUGAAAUAGAUGAAAAAAUCAGUCUCUUGUUUCCUUACAACAUCGAGAUCAAGCCCCCAGAAGAUGAGAGUCGUCUCAUGAGCUGGAAGGCUCAGCUGGAGGAGGAUAUGAAGAAGAUUCAGUUUCAGGACAACAAGAAUCAUAUUGCUGAGGUACUUGCUGCAAAUGAUCUCGAGUGUGAUGACCUGGCCUCGAUUUGCCAUGCGGACACAGUGGUUUUGAGUAAUUACAUUGAGGAAAUUGUGGUCUCAGCCGUUUCGUACCAUUUGAUGAAUAACAAGGAUCCCGAGUAUCGUAAUGGGAAGCUCAUUAUAUCUUCCAACAGUUUGUCCCAUGGAUUAAGCAUCUUUCAAGAGGAAAAAAAUGGUGGAAAAGAUUCGCUCAAGAUGGAUGAAUCAUUCAAGGAUGCAAAGUCUGAAAACAAGACUGAGAUUUCUUCUGCAAAAGCAGAUGGCGAAAAUUCAUCCAUCUCAAAGCCACCGGAAGUUCCUCCCGACAAUGAGUUCGAGAAGCGCAUAAGGCCCGAAGUCAUACCUGCCAACGAGAUUGGGGUCACCUUCUCGGACAUCGGUGCACUUGACGAGAUAAAGGAGUCCUUACAAGAGCUCGUGAUGCUUCCCUUACGCAGGCCUGACCUCUUCACUGGCGGGCUCCUGAAGCCUUGCCGCGGCAUACUCCUCUUUGGGCCUCCGGGCACUGGCAAGACAAUGUUGGCCAAAGCCAUUGCCAACGAGGCGGGUGCCAGCUUUAUAAAUGUGUCAAUGUCGACCAUCACGUCCAAGUGGUUCGGUGAGGACGAGAAGAACGUGCGAGCCCUCUUCACGCUGGCAGCAAAAGUGUCCCCGACUAUUAUAUUUGUGGAUGAGGUCGAUAGCAUGCUGGGGCAGAGGACGAGGGUCGGGGAGCACGAGGCUAUGAGGAAGAUCAAGAACGAGUUCAUGACGCAUUGGGAUGGGCUGCUGACGAGGCCUGGCGAGAGGAUUCUGGUACUUGCUGCCACAAACCGCCCGUUUGAUCUCGACGAGGCCAUUAUCAGGCGGUUUGAGAGGAGGAUUAUGGUCGGUCUACCCUCAGCAGAGAACAGAGAAAUGAUACUGAGAACCCUACUGUCCAAAGAAAAAGUAGAAGACUUGGAUUUUAAAGAACUUGCUGUCAUGACUGACGGAUUUAGUGGAAGUGAUUUAAAGAAUUUUUGUGUGACAGCUGCUUACCGGCCAGUUCGAGAGCUUAUACAACAAGAAAGCCAGAAGGAUAAGGAAAAGAAGAAGAGAGAUGAAGAAGGGAAGGGCUCUGAAGACGCUUCUAGCGCCAAUGAAGAAACUAAGGAGGAAAAAGUUAUUUCACUGAGGCCCUUGAAUAUGGAAGACAUGAGGCAGGCAAAGGAUCAGGUUGCUGCUAGUUUUGCUUCCGAAGGGUCCAUAAUGGCCGAGCUGAAGCAAUGGAAUGAACUAUAUGGAGAAGGAGGCACCAGAAAAAAGCAACAGCUAUCUUAUUUCCUGUAGAGCAUCAAAAGUUCUCGCCAUUGUGGGAUGGUCUUCAGUUUGUGUUCUUUCAUGAAGUUGCAAAAAAUUGACAAAAAAAAUUGGAACUUAUGGCCUAAAACAUUGAACCAAAAUGUAUAAAGUUGGUUCUGAUUCUUAUAGGGUUUGUAUUUUGUCUUGCAAUUAUUGAACUGUUUCGGCCGGGUCAAGCAUCAAGGACAAGCUUAUGAAGACGAUGGUGUUUUGAGAUAUGUAUGUUAUAAGAUUCUGUAGCAGCUCCAUUAGUCAGCAUCCUUGUAAAUGUAUGUGCAAAUUAGGUGCGGACUUUGAUCCAUUGUUUGUUUAUUUUUAUAUUUCUUUUUCUUUUCAAUUAUUUUUUUCCAUUUGCGAUCAUAAUGAACGGUGAAAUUUGUUAUUAAUGUGGUUUCUUGAGACAAUCUUGACUUUUGAGUUAAUUGAGAGUUUCUGAUUUGUAGUUCGAAAUUGUUGGAGUGUAGUUUUAGGAGUUUCAUUGUAUGGAUUAUCUCAAACUUGGUAUCAAUUGGAGGGUGUCCUUGAUCGAUUAGGG